AUGGAGUCCAGUAGAUUAGUGGGUGGGAAGCAAGUUUCAUUGCCCCUUACUAAUAGGACCACUAGGCUUGCCAAACUGAAUACUAGACAAGGAAACUUUCUACCUUUAAGUAAAGCCUCUAGCCCCAAACCAUGCGCUCUUCUCACCAAUUUACACUCCGUGUCUCCGUUUGUGACUCGUCGGAAGAGCCAGAUUAACCCCGACUGUGGUGUUGAAUCUCCCUUUGUCAAGUUGGAGGACGAAGAUGACUCUAGCUGCAGUUCACUUGAGAAACUCCCGGAGGUUAAUGGAGUCCACACUGGCAAACCACCACCUCCUCCUGUUGAUGUCAAACGAGAACUCGUCAUGCUCUCUCUUCCGGCCAUUGCUGGACAGGCUAUAGAUCCUUUGACGCAGCUCAUGGAGACUGCAUAUAUUGGAAGGCUCGGAUCUGUUGAGUUGGGUUCGGCUGCCGUCUCCAUGUCAAUCUUCAAUACUAUAUCAAAGCUCUUCAACAUUCCACUCCUCAGUGUUGCCACUUCUUUUGUCGCUGAAGAUAUUGCAAAGGUUGCCGCAGAAGAUGCGGCUUCAGAGGAUAGUCAUGGUGGCAUACCUUCUCAAGGUUUACCAGAAAGGAGACAGUUAUCUUCUGUGUCGACAGCGCUAGUGUUAGCCAUUGGAAUUGGCAUCUUUGAGGCACUGGCUUUGUCUUUGGCAUCUGGACCCUUUUUAAGGUUAAUGGGUGUGCAAUCUAUGUCAGAAAUGUUCAUCCCUGCACGGCAGUUUCUUGUCCUUAGGGCGCUUGGUGCUCCUGCUUAUGUGGUUUCUUUAGCUCUUCAAGGCAUCUUCCGUGGAUUCAAGGAUACAAAAACUCCCGUCUACUGUUUAGGUAUUGGUAAUUUCCUGGCUAUAUUUCUGUUCCCUCUGUUUAUUUACCAGUUCAAGAUGGGUGUCUCCGGGGCAGCGAUCUCUAGCGUCAUAUCCCAGUACAUUGUUGCCAUUUUAAUGAUUGUGCUUUUGAACAAAAGAGUUAUACUGCUUCCUCCAAAGUUGGGUUCACUUAAGUUUGGCGAUUACCUAAAAUCAGGGGGAUUUGUUCUUGGAAGGACUUUGUCGGUGCUCAUGACCAUGACUGUUGCCACAUCAAUGGCAGCUCGUCAAGGAGUUUUUGCUAUGGCUGCACAUCAGAUAUGCAUGCAAGUGUGGUUGGCAGUAUCUCUGCUUACUGAUGCACUAGCUUCAUCUGGUCAGGCCUUGAUCGCAAGUUCUGCAUCCAAGAAAGACUUUGACGGUGUGAAAGAGGUUACUACUUUUGUUCUGAAGAUAGGAGUGGUGACAGGCAUUGCAUUGGCUAUUGUGCUGGGGAUGUCUUUCAGCUCAGUAGCUGGUUUGUUUUCCAAAGACCCUGAAGUUCUGCGGAUUGUGAGAAAAGGUGUAUUGUUUGUAGCGGCAACUCAACCAAUAACAGCGCUAGCGUUUAUAUUUGAUGGACUGCACUAUGGGAUGUCGGACUUCCCGUAUGCAGCAUGCUCGAUGAUGGUGGUGGGAGGAAUAUCAUCAGCGUUCAUGCUGUAUGCACCGGCAGGGUUGGGGCUAAGUGGAGUGUGGGUGGGGCUGAGUAUGUUCAUGGGGUUGAGGAUGGUGGCUGGAUUCGGCAGAUUGAUGUGGAAGAAGGGUCCAUGGUGGUUCAUGCAUACAAGUAGCAGCAAGGAAAAUGGUGUGCUCCCAGAGUACCAAUUGGCUCCUGAUGGUGUCGCUCAGGCUCACCUCGCUGCCGAAUUGUUCCUCAAGCAACUCAAGGAAAGUAACAUCCAACUGGACCAUGUCCGCAUUUGCUACUCCCCUUUCUCCCGAACUACUCACACCGCUAAGGUUGUCGCUCAGGUCCUCAAUCUCCCUUUUGAUGGUCCCCACUGCAAGAUGAUGGAAGCUCUGCGAGAACGCUAUUUUGGACCUACAUUUGAACUCCAAUCACAUGACAAGUACCAAGAGAUAUGGGAUCUUGAUGAGAAAGAUCCAUUCAUGAGACCACAAGGAGGUGAGAGUGUUGAUGAUGUCGUCUCCAGACUCGCCACUGCCAUUGAAUCCAUGGAAGCAGAAUUUCAUAGGUGUGCGAUUCUGGUGGUGGCUCAUGGAGAUCCUCUGCAGAUGUUGCAGAACAUUUUCCAUUCAGCCAAGCAACAGAGAGGAGGUGCUUUGGCAGACAGGAUUCAGAUGACCAGAGUUGCUUCCAUCCUCUCGCAGCACCGCAAGUUUGCUUUGCUCACUGGGGAACUCCGACCCCUCUUCUGA